UUGGUGUUGUUGGGUGGAGGUGGGGGGAAGUUAGUGAGGAGAGAAAGGGGGUGGAAGAGAGUAAGGGCUGUUGUUAAACAGUUUCUUACCGUAAGAGGGAGUUCAGACCUAGAUCUUUCCAGUUAAUCACACAACAAACUUAGCUCAUCGCAAUAAAAAGCUGCUCAGAGCCGACUGGUUCUUUUAGGCACUGAGUCGGAACAGGCUUCUCUCAGCCAGGCAUCUCGUCCAGUGGGAUCCGCCAGCGCGUCCGGCAGCACCAUGUGGGGGACCAAACUUCUGCCAGUCCUGCUGCUGCAGCAUGUCCUCCUCCAUCUCCUUCUGCUUCCCAUCGCCAUCCCCUACGCAGAAGGACAGAAGAAAAGAAGAAACACACUUCAUGAAUUCAAAAAGUCAGCAAAGACUACUCUAAUUAAAGAAGACCCAUUACUGAAGAUAAAAACAAAAAAAAUGAACACUGCAGACCAAUGUGCCAAUAGAUGUAUUAGGAAUAAAGGACUUCCAUUCACUUGCAAGGCCUUUGUUUUUGAUAAAGCAAGAAAACGAUGCCUCUGGUUACCUUUCAAUAGCAUGACAAGUGGAGUGAAAAAAGAGUUUGGUCAUGAAUUUGAUCUCUAUGAAAACAAAGACUACAUUAGAAACUGCAUCAUUGGUAAAGGAGGUAGCUACAAGGGAACGGUAUCUAUCACUAAGAGUGGCAUCAAAUGCCAGCCCUGGAAUUCCAUGAUCCCUCAUGAACACAGCUAUCGGGGUAAAGACCUACAGGAAAACUACUGUCGAAAUCCUCGAGGGGAAGAAGGGGGACCUUGGUGUUUCACAAGCAAUCCAGAGGUACGCUACGAAGUCUGUGACAUUCCUCAGUGUUCAGAAGUUGAAUGCAUGACCUGCAAUGGGGAAAGUUAUCGAGGUCCCAUGGAUCACACAGAAUCAGGCAAGAUUUGUCAGCGUUGGGAUCACCAGACACCACACCGGCACAAAUUCUUGCCAGAAAGAUAUCCCGACAAAGGCUUUGAUGAUAAUUAUUGCCGCAAUCCUGAUGGCAAGCCGAGGCCAUGGUGCUAUACUCUUGACCCUGACACCCCAUGGGAGUACUGUGCAAUUAAAAUGUGUGCUCAUGGUACUAUGAAUGACACAGAUGUCCCUAUGGAAACAACUGAAUGCAUUCAAGGUCAAGGAGAAGGCUACCGGGGCACCAUCAGUACUAUUUGGAAUGGAAUUCCAUGUCAGCGUUGGGAUUCCCAGUAUCCUCACCAGCAUGACAUAACUCCUGAAAAUUUCAAGUGCAAGGACCUAAGAGAAAAUUAUUGCCGAAAUCCAGAUGGGGCUGAGUCACCCUGGUGUUUUACCACUGAUCCAAACAUCCGAGUUGGCUACUGCUCCCAAAUUCCAAAAUGUGAUGUGUCAAGUGGACAAGAUUGUUAUCGUGGGAAUGGCAAAAAUUACAUGGGCAAUUUAUCCAAAACCCGAUCUGGACUAACAUGUUCGAUGUGGGAGAAGAACAUGGAAGACUUACACAGGCAUAUCUUCUGGGAACCAGAUGCUAGUAAGCUGAAUAAGAAUUACUGUCGGAAUCCUGAUGAUGAUGCCCAUGGUCCCUGGUGUUACACAGGAAAUCCUCUCAUUCCUUGGGAUUAUUGUCCUAUUUCUCGUUGUGAAGGUGAUACCACACCUACAAUAGUCAAUUUGGACCAUCCUGUAAUAUCUUGUGCCAAAACAAAACAAUUACGAGUUGUAAAUGGAAUUCCAACGCGAACUAAUGUAGGAUGGAUGGUUAGUUUGAAAUACAGAAAUAAACAUAUCUGUGGAGGAUCAUUGAUAAAGGAAAGUUGGAUUCUUACCGCAAGACAAUGUUUCCCUUCUCGAAACAAAGACUUGAAAGAUUAUGAAGCUUGGCUUGGGAUUCAUGAUGUCCACGGAAAAGGAGAUGAGAAACGCAAACAGGUUCUAAAUGUUUCCCAGCUGGUGUAUGGGCCUGAAGGAUCAGAUCUGGUAUUACUGAAGCUUGCUAGGCCUGCUGUCCUGGAUGAUUUUGUUAGUACAAUCGAUUUACCUAAUUAUGGAUGCACCAUUCCUGAAAAAACCACUUGCAGUGUUUAUGGCUGGGGGUAUACUGGAUCCAUCAACUUUGAUGGUCUGUUACGAGUAGCACAUCUCUAUAUUAUGGGAAAUGAGAAAUGCAGCCAAUACCAUCAAGGGAAGGUGACUCUGAAUGAGUCUGAAAUAUGUGCUGGAGCUGAAAAUAUUGCAUCAGGACCAUGUGAGGGAGAUUACGGUGGCCCACUUGUUUGUGAACAACAUAAAAUGAGAAUGGUUCUUGGUGUCAUUGUUCCUGGUCGUGGAUGUGCCAUUCCAAAUCGUCCUGGCAUUUUUGUCCGAGUAGCAUAUUAUGCAAAAUGGAUACACAAAAUUAUAUUAACUUAUAAGAUACCACAGUCAUAGCUGAUGGAAUUUUGUCUGAAGCUCCAAUCAAUAGAAAUCUAUUUUACAUGAAGAUUUCGGAGAACGUGGAAUUAAAAUGUCACUUAAAGCAAUCCUAAGACAACUACUUGAGUGUCAUGUUUGUUAAGAUACUCAUUAAUAUUUAUGGGUGUUUUCUGUUGUUUUGUUUGUCAGUGUUAUUUUGUAAAUGUUGAAGUGAAUUAAGGUACAUGCAAGUGUAGUAACAUAUCUCCUGAAGAUACUUGAAUGGAUUAAAAACUGCAAAGGUAUAAUUGCUGGAUGAUAAAAGAUUUAAUGGAAAAGUUCAAUUAAUCUCUCUACGCUGCUUUCCAAGGUUAGUUUAUGAAUAAACCGUAAGUUAAGCAUUAUUUUAACCUCACAAAGACAAUUUAUACCUUUGUCCUUAACUUGUAACUCUAUAUUAAAUUAUAUUACCUUUCAUACACCAUACAUUAUAUUUCAUUCAUUUCUCUUCACUGUGUAUCCUCUAAUACUGGUCCAUACACUUUCUACAAAAUCAUGUGCCCAACUAUGCAGACCUGGGUACACAUGUGCAUGCACUAGAGUUCAAAUCAUGGUCUAUCUAAUAUAACCUCUAAAUAUUCUGCAAGUGUGUACCUGUAGUUUUUCCUUAAGAGAAAAAGAGAAAUUUAUAAAGACCAGUAGAAAUUUCAAGGAAAGGAGAAAGAAAGAAAUGACCAACUCAUUCUGUAUAUGUAAUCUGUAGAUGACCUCUCUACUGGUUGACAUUUAAGGUGUGGUCAUGACCCACAAAGUUAAGUAACACCUAAUCUCUGUGUUUAACUGUAUUUAUCAACCUAGUCAUUGUGUAGUUUCUAAUUCUUAAAGAGAGGAGGGUUAUGUGUAUUAGUAUUAUUUCUUUCUUUUAAAUUUAGGGACCCUUAUUUAUGCAAAAUAUUUUUAGAUCUACUUUCCUGAAGUAUUUUCUUAAUUAUUCUUAGAUAAUUGUCUAACUGAAGCUUAAAAAAGUAUUUAAGUAGGUUAAUUCUAAGACUUGCUGCUGUGAUUGGCUUGUAGCUCAUCUUCUUUAAAUUUUUAAAAAUUAUUUCAGAGGAAAAUUUCCAUAUGUUUCCAAAGAUUUGUAAAUAGACUUUUCUCAAACUAGGAAUUAAAGUAUAUAUUGAAGAAAAAUAUCAGGAUACAUAUCUCAACCUAAAAGUUUUUUAGCCUAAUGAAACUUCACUCAAGUAAAGGAAAAAAAAUGUAAAAGGAAAGGAAAGGAACUAGCUUGUCUAAACGGACUUCAAUUAUUUUCUAAAGGGGAGUUAAGUCUGCAGAAUGAAAUAUUUUAUGAAAAUUUCUCCAUUUUAUCUUAUUUCAUUUUACAUAAAUCUUUCAAAUACCAAGGGGAAUAUUCGUUCAAAUUUUGUAUUGUCUCAUAAUACAAAAUUACCAUAUUUGUUAUUGUAUUUGGCAUGAUCAACUAAAAAUCCUGUAUUUUUCAAGAAAUGAGACAACAAAGUCUAAUAGGAUAGGCUGUGAAUUUUCAAAAAAUCACCCUGUACAAAUUUUAAAAUAAUUUUUUGAGUGAUUCCAAUCCAGUAUCCCCAUUUCUCUAACUUGUUUCUCUUGAAUGAUAUCAGUUAAGACCAGAGAUCCAAACAAUGCUCAACGCUUCAUAGGACACUGUUCAAUCUUGAGUAAAACACUCUUAAAUUUACUUGAAAGUUUAGUCCAGGGAGUACAGCAGAGGAAAUCCAGAAAUAACUAUGCGAAUCCAGAAUAUCUAUCCAAAUUGUGCCAACAAAUUGAACACAUUAUAAUAAAACAUGUUCUGAUAU